AAACUAUCACUUAUUGAAUAUAAACUCCUCCCUGAUACACUACACUCGUCUAUACUGAAAUACUGUGUGUGUGUGUGUGUGUGUGUGUGAGUAUUAUGUCCCACAACCCUAUAUUCCCAUAGAAACAGCACGCCGACCCUGAGUUCCCAGGCCAAAAUUGCCCCCAAAAUCAACAUUUUAAUUUGAACAUUUUUAGGCCUUGAAACAACUUAUAAUAAAGUAUUUGUGUAAUAUUACUUUGAAAAUGAAGCAGUUCAGUGUUUAUACUCCACUUAGACCACAAUUCUUUAGGGAAAUGAUGAAAAAUGCUCGCUGAAAUCCUUCUACUCAUUUAGAAGUACCAUACAAGCUUCAGCGUGGUCAGUGCCUUGGAAUAAAUUCAAGUAAAUAAUAACAAAUAAAUAAAUAAAUGCAUUUUAGCGCAAAAGUCAAGUUUCUGGUGAUAAUCAGAGCAGCAGGUGGUGUUUUCACGAAUGCACAGAGAUGGUCAGGUUCUGACUCCAGACCCCUGCAGUGUCAGUCGCACUGGUUGAUGCUGAAGAUGGAGACGGAUCAGGGUCUGAAUCAGGAGAGUCUGCGUCUCUGUCAGUUUCGGUUUCAACAUCGCCUGAACUUUCACUGCUGUCACUAUCUAGAAUCCUCGCUCUCGCAUGUGUGACUGUGUAUGUUUUCUUUUUCACUGUUUUAGAUGUACCUGUGUUCACUGUAGGUGUAACUUUAGCUGGAAUACGAUUAGCUUUUCGCUUUGGCAUUUUUAGUUCACUUCUAUUAGUACACCAAUGUUCACGCUUGGAUCUUCAUCGUAAUGACGGCGUAAUAACGUAAUCACGCCGUGACGUCAUGACGUCAUCAACCUUCCGGGUCAAAAAAUAAUACUUAAAUAAGUAAGGAAUCAUAGCAGAGUGAUGCCGGUACUCUGGCCUUACGGGGAUAACGUUUACACUGUAAAUCCUCUAUAUCGGCCUUACGGGGAUUUGGCAUAGACGACCAAGCCGGUAUAUCGUCCUUACGGGAAUAGAUCAAAGACGGAUGAGACGGUUUUUCAGCCUUACGGGGUUACAGGGUUAACAAAUUCACCAUCAUGUCAGACAGAAGUGAUGAUACUCAGGUUUCUGUUAGAUCCUAAAACUACACUGUUUCUGGUGCUAUGAGGUGGUUAUGAGUUUAUGUGGUUAUGAGGAGGAGAGAGUGAGCGACUGACAACACUUCCGGUGUGUGUUAGUGGGGUUUCUUUACACUGUACUGAUUAUACCAUUACUAUUGUCGGAUUUUGCUUAAGUCUCGAGCUGGUGGGCGGAGUUUUGUCAGGCAGUUUAUGGGCGGGGUUUGAGGGGUGUGACGUCACUGCAUAACGCAAACGAGCUAGUUGACCAGGAUGGACGUCCGUUCAGCAACAUCCUAAAAGUCUGAAAGCCUCCAUAAGUGAGAAGUAAACCCUAGCAGUGCUUUUACUUCCCUUCUGUCCUGUGAACAUCCUGAAGUUUCAGCUGCUUUAUCUUUCUCUCCUGGUGCUGUCACUGUGUUCCUCUCCUUCUCCAGAACACAGCAUUAACACCAACACCAACAGGAACCUGCUGGAGAAACAGCUUCCUCAGUUCAGCUCCUAACCACUAGCUUAUAGCCCACAUCAGUAUUUAUGGAGUGAAGCUGGCUCCGUGUGAUGGAACUGUACUAGUAGGAAUGCAGUAACGAUCCAGUCAGAUAUCUUCACCCGUUCCUAAUGAUGUGUCCACUCAGUGACUGUGUAUGAGUUCACACCACGCCACCGUUCACUGCUAUCGUGUGUUUUUGAAUCCUUUUGUGGGUUGAAAAGUGAAAACUACAGCUGGAGCAUGUGCAGUAGAUACAGUGGGACGAGCAGUGGGUCCGCCUCUCGCCCCGCCCAUGUUAGUGAUGGACACUUGUACAUGAGCAUGCGUGCUGUAACCUGAAACGUGAUUUAAACCGGAACAUCUGAGAGCUCUGAAGUGUGAAGUACAGCGUUAUAAAUGAAUAUGUACAAUGUUAAAUUGUAGAGGUAUAAUUUUCACACGUAUAGUGUGUCGGGAAAAGUCAUGAGUGACUGAGCUACUAUUUGCUAGCUAGCUGAGGUUCUCCAUCAUUUUAAUGAAAUGAAUGUAAAUAUAACACUUCCAGUCAGUGGAAUAAUGCUGGCAGAUAAAACAAUCUGUUUGUAUCGUGAUCAUUUAUUCCUCAAGAACGAUUCAUUUUAAUGAACGCAUGUUUCUGACUUCUGGAUGUAGCUAACAGAUGUAGCAUGAAGGGUUGGUGCAGUACACCAGCCAGUCAGAAUACACACACGGUUGCCAAGUCCGCUUGUAAUACUCGACUUUGGUCUUCUUUUUAUUUGUUAAAUAAAUGAUUUUUGCUUUUGAAACUCCUGAGUGAUUUCAGUGUAAAAUGGAUCUGAGGUCGUAAUAGGCUACAGUCAUAUAAUAUAUACGCUUAUACGUUAUAUUUGUUUUGAAGCUGUGGUUACGUAUUAAGUAAAUGAUUAUGAUAUUGAGCUAGCGUUAGCUUCCUUGGUUGAUGACGUCACUUCUUUCACUGAGGUUGGUUUGUUUCAGAGAGAACCCCUGCUGAAGAUCAGUUUACAGCAGAACAACACAUUUUCCUUUCGUUUUAUUUACCGUGUUAGAUCAGACGCUCUCAGAAGAUCAAAAGUAAUUUAUUUGGCAUUAGGUAAUGGAGAGCCCUCGAUUCAGGGAACACAAUGUCCCUCUACACCGGGGGGAGUCCGCUUUAGUAAUUUACUACAUUUACUUCUUUACAGAAUGACUGACCCUCUACCCAAAACACUGGAAAACACUAAUGAAGAGAUUGUACUGUAGAGUUCUGCAUUCCACACUUUUCAUUUGAACCAUUAACCUGUUUUUAACCCCUCCCCCUUUUCCUCCAGAAGGAUCGACACCGGCCAUCAUGCAUCUCUGUGCAGGAGUGAUAUUACUGCUAGUCCCCUGUGUGGUGCUGUCCGUAGACAGACAGAAGGUGUUUGGGAAUCUGCAUGAGUCGGCGUCUCUCCCCUGUACUGUGCAGUGCUCUGGUGAACUGACCUGGACCAGGUUUCAGAAGCAGGACGAUGUUCUGGUCAGGUGUAGCAGCGUCUCGUGCUGGUCUAGAGAUGGGUUUAUUGUCUCUUAUGAACAGUACCUGAAGGGGAAUUCCUCCCUGACCAUGCUGAAAGCUGAUUACAGCCUUCGAGGACUCUACAUGGCCAAGUGUGUCUCUGAGACCGUCUGUGAAGUCGUCUUUACAUUGUCCCCUCUAGAGAUGACCCGUGUGAUUGCCCCAGGUGAACCCAUAGACGUGCUCUUACCCCUCACUGACCUGGUGGAGGUGAGUUUUACUCCGAGUGAUGCUGUACAACCAUCAAACCUGCAGAUCUGCAGCGUGGACAAGGAGAAGAUCCAGUGCAGUCCAGAUUAUAAAGAGAGAGCGUCUCUCCUCAAGACUCUUCAGAUUAAAGAUGGAAACGUCUCUGACAGUGGGAACUACACAGUACAGGAUAAAGUGAAUGAUGAGUCUAUAGCCAUCGUAACGGUCCAUAUGAGAGGGUCUAAACCAGAUGAGCUGGGUUCUGGAUCUGCUCCUGUGUCCCAGACUCGCUCUCGAGGACGCCGCAGUGUCUCCUCUGAGCCGUGUCCAGACAUCAAGCAGCAGGAAGGUGUACCAGUGUGGGUGGUUGUUCUGAUACUGAUGCUGCUGCUGGUGGUUGUAUCUGUGCUUGUGGUUGGAUAUGUGAUGCAUGUGCGUCUGAGGAGAGAAGUUCAGCAGCUCCGUGAGAAUGCUGAGAACAGCAGACUCGCUCUCCUCCAGCAGAAUGGAAACGGUAACCAUCCAGGAGAAGAGUCGAAUUUAAAGAACCCUUAGGCCAGGUCCAGAGUGUAUGAUAAGAUAAUUAAUCAGAGUGUAGAUGAGCCACGUCGUAUAAAACUAUUGACGGCAUUACUCAUGUUACACUCCAUCCACUGCCAGCCCGUGCAGAAUACAAUUCACUUUAAUCUAUUAAAGUUUUCAGUUAGACAGUCCGUCUGUAGGGGCAAGAAAAAGUAUGUGAACCCGUUCUAAUUUCAUGGUUUUCUGCAUAAAUUGGUCAUAAAAUGUCAGGGGUAUUGACCAAUAUAAUGUGUCUAAAAUAAUAACACAAAAUUCUGAUCGUUCAUGUCUUUAUUGAACACGCUCAUUCAACAUUCAAAAUGGCAGUGGAAAAAGUAAGUGAACCCUUAGAAUUAAUAACUGGUUGACCCCCCGCUUGGCAGCAAUAACCUCAACCAGGCACUUCCUGUACCUGUGGAUCAGACCUGCACAUCGUUCAGGAGGAGUUUUAUCCCGUUCUUCCUGCAGAACUGCUUUAGCUCGGUCAUAUUCUUUGGACGUCUCAUGUGUACGGCUCUCUUCAAGUCAUUCCAUAGCAUCUCUAUCGGGAUGAGGUCUGGGCUCUGACUCCGCCCCUCCAAAAGGUGGAUUUUGUUUUUCUGAAGCCAUUCUGUUGUGGACUUGCUCCGGUGUUUUGGGUCAUUGUCCUGUUGCAUCACCCAACUUCUACACAGUUUCAGCUGACGUACAGACAUUCUCACAUUAUCCUGAAGAAUUGUCUGAUAUACUCGGGAAUUCAUCUUCCCCUCUGUGACUGCAAGCUGGCCGGGCCCUGAUGCAGCAAAGCAGGCCCAGAUCAUGAUGUUUCCUCCCCGUACUUUACGGUUGUGAUGUUUUCAUGAUGAUAGGCCGUGCCCUUUUUACUCCAGAUGUAGUGCUGUGUGCUUUUUCCAAAUAUUUCAGUCUUAGUUUCAUCAGUCAUCUUUUCAUCUUUUUUCCUUGUACUUUUGUAGGUCAUUAGUGUUUUAUUUUUAUUCACUGUACAGCAUGUUGAACAAGUUUAUAUGAAAAUGUGAGUUAUAAAAAAGUCAGACUGUUUUUUGUAAAUUUUGUAUUUUGUGUAAAAGAUUUAAAGACAUAUUUUGAGAUGUGAAGUUUUAUAAAAAUAAAGCGUUUAUGCUUCUGAAAGUUC